AUACAUUUCAUUACAGAGUGACUGCGAUUAGUCUGAUAUGUCACAUUACUGUUCUACUAACAACCACAUUGCUUGUGGUCUUUGCAUUUCGUCCUUGGAAGUGGUUUGUCUGUGGAAGAAUUCUUGUGUUGACUCAAAUGGGACUGGGAUCCUAUGUAUUUCGUUAUUUUAAUGUGGCUGGUCUUCGAGUUCUGGCUGCUAAAGAUCCGUUCUACAUAAAAAGACAUGAACCAGGAUAUGAAGAAUUUAAAUGGAGUGCAGUGGGUGAAUGGGUGUUGAUAUAUACUUAUGUGCAAUUUGUGCUAGUAAUCGGUUUGGAAAUGCGAAAGUACGAGAAAAUGAUUGAGAAAAGAGAUAGAAAAUAUAUAGAUAUUUGGACAGCAUAA